CGAUUGUUUCAGUUCUGCCAUCUGACUGAUUUUCAUUGUCUGGGUGACUCCGGUUUUAGAAAACACCGUGUAGCGAUCAAUGCGCAGUUUAGCGACCGAAUACGUCACUCCAAAGGAAUGCGCCUAAACUAUUUGGCUUCUUAUCCUUAUUUUUAGCCUUCAAUAACACCAAGAACGUGCGAUGGCAAAUGAAAAUCAACGAAAAAGCAACCAUGCCCUGCCCCAUAUUACAAGAAGUUGUUAAAGAGGACAACACAUUCGACGUCGUUUAUUGGUCGCUUCGCAAAUCAAAACAGUGUCAUCGCCCGUGGAAUUUGAUUGCUGUUAUGACCCAAGAGGGAAAAACUGAAGUGGGAAGAAGCGGAGUAAGCAUUACGAGUCAAGGUGCUCUGGAAAUUCAAAAGGUACAACCCAGCGAUUCUGGGAUAUACAAAUGUACCGUGAAAAAAAGUGAUAGCAGAUCUGAGAGGAUGUAUUUUGCUGCUCUUGUUGUCGACGGAGUAGUUCCAGAGAAAGAAAACAAAUCGCUUUGCCUGUCUCCUAUAAAGGUGACAGACUUUGACAUUGGGGCAAAGGUUCUUUGCAAACCUGAACAGAUCCAUUGGAAUAAUACAGUGGGAAAGAGACCGAAAUGUUUUGACUGUCCGGACUGUCUCCCAGGGACAGAGCCCUCAGUCCCGUGUGGGAGCUCAGUAAACGACUGGCCAGACAUUCACUGUGUUUCGUGCAAACUUGGCAAAACGUAUUCUGACAAAUAUGACACAUCGCAUUGCAAGGCAUGUACAAUAUGUUCUAAAGGAAGAGCAGUUAAAAAUAGCUGCACCUUAACUACAGAUACUAAAUGUGACAGCAAAUGUGGGCCCGGAUUUUAUACUGUUCGUUUGAUAUCUGGCUGUUUCCCUUGCACGCAAUGUUGCGACGAUGGAAAGGAUGAGUUUGCAGCGGAAUGUGCGAAUAACAAGAAGAAGUGUAAAGUGCGCUUACUGGAGAAGGAAUCUGACCUGCAAAAGAUCUGUGAGUGUUUGGAUACACACAUGGCAGGGGUUGGUCACUACCGAGCAGUUGCUCUGUACUAUGGAUCUAGUCAUUGCCAGAUAGUCUCGGUCUUCGAAAAGCACUGGGGAGGACCAUCCAGAGCCUUAAUAGAAUCCCUUAAAGCUAAGAAACCAGAACUUACAGUGGCAGAGUUUGCCUCUGUGGUGAGAAAAGAGGCUAACAGGAACGACGUCGUUAAACUGCUAGAAGAAUACAACUUAAAAUAG